UUGUCGCGUCGUUGUUUUAUUUUGAUUUUUAAGAGAUAACUAGCUGUAUCAUUGAAAUUUAUUCGUUUACGAGCAAGGUAUUAUAACGUCAUAAAAAUGUCGAACGAUAUAUUACCAGAAAAGUCAAAAGGAAGGUAUAUGACAACAUACGAAAACUUUAUUACUUGGCAAAAAGAAAAGAACAUAACUUCGUUCAAUGAGAAAGUGUUGUUGUUGUAUUUUGAAGAAAUCUCGUCAAAAUACAAACCUACAUCUUUGUGGGCGAUUUAUUCAAUGCUGAAAAGCGGUUUGAAACGCAGCCAUAGAGUUAAUAUCGAGGAAUAUUAUCAACUCGGCGCGUAUUUAAAGAAGCUAUCAAAAGGAUAUGUUAGUAAAAAAAUGAAAGUGCUAUCUAUUCAGAAUGUUGAGAAGUUUAUAAAUGAAGCUCCUGAUGAUAGAUAUCUUGCUAUCAAGGUAGCUCUAAUCCUUGGAAUCAACGGAGGCCUCCGAUGUAAAGAGCUAUCGAACCUCCAAACAAAUCACAUAGAAAACCACGGAGAAGUAUUUGUCAUAAAAAUACCUGAGAGCAAAGAGUUUGUAAUAAAAGGGAAAUAUUAUAAAAUAAUGAAAAAAUAUCAAGACUUACGUAUAGCUUCGGCAUCGACUAACCGAUUUUUCCAAGCAUAUAGAAAUGGUAAAUGCCGAGCAAAUGUUAUUGGGAAAAAUAGAUUUGGUAUAAUGCCUAAGGAGAUAGCGGAGUUUUUGAAGUUGCCGGAUCCUAAGUCUUAUACGGGGCAUACACUGUGUACUGUCUCGCGGGUGCCUGAUGAUAGGGCUUCAGUUAAAGCUGAACGGCGCAUGGGAGACACUCCUAUUAAUGAGACUCCGAAGGCUAUAAGUACUAUCAGUACUGUCCCACGGGUGCCUGGUGACAAGACCUCGGAUAAAGCUGGGGCAGGCGACACCCCUGUUAAUGAUUCAAUCUCCAGAAAGCGACCACGUCCAGAGCCUCCAGCGCCCAGAGAUCAGUGUCGUUUCUGCGGAGACUUCAAGAAAUGCUCCCCGGUUGUUCAGAAGCCCUACCUCAUGGGAAAGACGACAACGCUGACGCUCAACCAUUUACGAGCUGAAGUGGACUUUAGCGUAGACUCUCUCCCGACAACCAUUUGCAGCGACUGCGACACCAAACUACUAGAAAUUUUCCAAUUCAUCAAACUAGUCAACACUGCCCAGUUCUCACUUGUCACCGUUUGCCCGAACAAUGCUACAGGUGCUGCAAGUUUGGACCAAAACCACAGUGUGUUUGAACACAUAGAAUUUGAUACUCAAAUAGUUAAAACUGAGGUUGAGUCGGAUGAUUCAAAUGAAAGUAUUGGUGAAGAUUCAAUAACACUUAGUGAAAUGAUAUAUUUGAGGGACACACAUAAAAGAAAAGAGGUUGAUAGUAAACAUAAUAAGAAAGUCAAAAGAGAUAAAGUAAAAAUACAAGAUACUGAUGAGAUAGAUGAUGUAAAAAGUGCAGUUAUUGAUGAUUAUGAUGGGAAUAGUGAAGAUAGUGAGUUAACACAGGAAGAUAAUAGUGAAGAUAGUGACACAGGGACUGAAGUGAAAACUUGUGAGUUCAAUUUUGCAAACAUUGCUUCUGAUUAUGACAGAAAGACGAAUUUUUGUGAUGUGAAUAACCAAAAUUCUAGUGGUGAAGACAGUGACUAGAAUAAAUGAAAUAAGAUGUUUUUAAUAGCUACAGUUAUUAAUGUUUUCUGGUAAUAAGCCUUCACAGUUCAUUGUAAGUAUAGUUCAUUUCUCCAUUUAUUUUAUAUUUCAUUUCAAUUACUACAGUUAAAAAUUGUACAAAAAGUAUAUAGCACUGCCUGGCAAAAAAAGUACAAAAUAAAAGGGGCACACUGUCUAUGUAAACCGUUUUACAAUUAGACUUAAAAAUAAAAAUUUUGAAAAACCCCCGACCGCGACCUAGUGGACCGAU